UCUUGAAUCUUCACUCGAGUCGCCAUUUCAGCAUUUCAGAUUCUCAGAAAAGAAACCCUAAAUCCUUGCUUCUUCUCCCCUCACUCUCAAUUCGUCUGCCUCUUGAUCCUUGUGGGAUGGAUUCGCAGUCACAGGAGGAAGCAAUUGCGGCUCUUAAUGCUGAGAAUGAAUGGGAAAUGAAUAAGUGUGACUUUGAAAAUCAGGAACCAGCAAGAAACGAGACUCAAGCGACUCAAACGGUUUUUAAUUCUAAUCGAAGCCUGAGAGCUGAUGUCUGGAAAGAGUUUGUGUCGGUGGGAAAAGGGGAAGAUGGCAAAGAAAGGGGUCGUUGCAUCCAUUGUAGUAAGAGUUUUGUAAUAGAGAGGAAUAAUGGAACAUCAGCUUUAAGGCGCCAUUUACUAUCUGCUUGCUCAAAGAAGCCUAAAGAUAAAAGUGGAAGCAAUGGUGAACAAGACAAAGAAGUGGGAGCCUCAGUUUCCGAAUCCUCCUGCGACAGAGAAGAAGUGAGCAACAUUCUCUCGAAAAAGAGACAGCGUAGUUCGAUAUCGGAGGACAAGACACGCUCGGCGAUGCUGCUCGGUCUGGAUAUUCUCGACUGUCCCAUUUGCUUCGAAGCACUAACUGUUCCUAUCUUUCAGUGUGAUAAUGGGCAUUUGGCUUGCUCUUCGUGCCGUCCCAAGCUGAGUAAUAAGUGUCCUGCAUGUGCUUCUCCUAUUGGCCACAAUCGCUGCAGAGCAAUGGAGACUGUGCUCGAAUCAGUCUUUCUUCCAUGUCCAAACGCCAAGCUUGGAUGCACCAAGAAUGUCUCUUACGGGAAAGAAUCAACUCAUGAAAAGGAAUGCACUUUCUCUCAAUGCACCUGCCCUGCAUUGGACUGCAAUUACACCGGAUCAUAUAAUCAGAUAUAUAGUCAUUUUGUUGAUGACCACAGUCACAAACCCAAAUCUAUGUCCUUUGUGUGCGGUGGUUCUGUUGAUGUUCAGAUGAACGUGGCUAGCGACAAGAUGUUAGUUCUUUGGGAAUUCAAGAAGAAACUAUUGUUUGCACUUCAGUGUUUCAAUGAGCCGGCUGGUGUGUAUGUGACCGUUAGAUGCAUCGCACCAUCUUCUCCUGAAGUAGAAAAGUUUCCGUAUUGUCUCUCCUACUCAAUGGAUGGGCACACUCUUACUUAUGAAUCACCAGAUGUCAAGAAGGUUCUUCAAGUGAGCUCUCAAAUCCCACAAGACAAUUUCUUGUUUGUCCCUCACUGUUUAUUGCGAUGUGACUUGUUGGAGAUGAAGCUUUGCAUUGGGCUUUAGGUUCGUACGGGCUCAUAACACUCUCUAAACGUCCAUUGGACAAUCUCUCUACGUAGGUCUUGUUUGUUUUUGUUUGCAGAUUAGUUAAUUAACAGACUCGUAGGUGAUGGAACAGCAUUUGUAUCUCAAAGCAGAGCUAUUGUUUGAUGGCUAAGCAAAUAGAUAUUCUUUUAUUUUA